CCGACUGCGAGAUCUCUCUUCUCGCGAAUAGCUUCGGUUUGCUCGGUGACGGUGUAGCGCAAAAACAGUCUUAAGCAUGAUUUUGAAGACGUAAACAAAGUGCUCUGAUUUAAACGACACACACUACUGUAUUGAUUUCGCAAACACUUUUCGUUUGACAUUUGCACAGCUGUAAACAAAUGCAGAUACGGGAGAUCAACACUGCAAUUCAACACCAGCGACUGCUGGAAAAGCAUGAGACCCUCUGACCCCUCAGAAACUAACAAAAGACUCCGCAACAAAGUCACACAAUGUGCAAAACAAUAGAGAGCCAACAAAAUGAGAUGUGCUAACAAUCAGCAUCACUCUGCUGCAAAACAGCACUCGAGUUAAUGCACACUGCCAAGUGACUACGGUGGAUUUAGACGAUUAUUAAGGAGGUUUAUGAUGACUUUAUUGCCGAGGAUCGUACGGUGGCUCGAGAGAGGCUCUGUCUCAUUGCACUUUCACUAUCAAAGCAGCGCAAACAUGUGCACGAAGAACAGAAGACUGCGGGUUCUGGUGGACAUGGACGGUGUCAUCGCCGACUUCGAGGGAGGAUUUUUAAAGAAGUUCAAGGCGAGGUAUCCGAACGAGCCCUUCAUAUCCUUAGAGGACAGAAGAGGAUUCUGGGUGUCCACACAGUAUGGAGACAUGAGAAGUGACCUGUGUGACAAGGCCAUCAGCAUUUGGGAGUCAAAAAACUUCUUCAUGGACCUGGAGCCUCUUCCUGGAGGUGUGGAGGCAGUGAAGGAGAUGUCCGAGAUGGAGAAUACAGAUGUCUUCAUUUGCACCAGUCCAAUAAAGCAUUACAGCUACUGCCCGUAUGAAAAGUAUGCAUGGGUAGAGAAACAUCUGGGCCCAGAGUUCCUGGAGCAGAUCAUCCUGACCAGAGACAAGACCAUAGUGACCGGAGACAUCCUCAUAGACGACAAACCUGAUAUCCUGGGUGUGGAGCCCAAUCCCUCCUGGGAACACGUCCUCUUCACUGCCUGCCACAACAAGCACCUUCCAGCGAACCCAUCGCAGCGGCGGCUGCUGUCCUGGGCUGAUGACUGGAGGGCGGUGCUGGCCAGCAAACGCCAGUGAGAGAUGACAGAACAUCCCAUCAUACGGCAGGGAAACGAGCUGAUUUGUGCUUUGAUGGGUAAACAGUUCCUGUAUCAGCCCUCAUAUUCAGUAUUACUCUGUAAAAGCAUCGAUUGAUUUUGCAGGCGACGAGACACAAACUGUGUUUUUAUGUAAAAUCACAAAACCGAUUCAGUUUUUCAUGCAAGACUUUUAGCAUCAGUGUAUUGUUCAUUAUGCAUCCACUGAGGGCUCAGAAAUUCAUCGUUUACAUCAAGCAUAAACUGCCUUUCUUUACAAAGGGGAUUGAUCUACAAGAAAGGGAGAAUAUUUAAAUACCAUUUCCGCUCCUGUCUGAUCGCACAUAUGCACAUGCGAACAUGACGCUCUGAAAAAUGCUGGGUUAAAAACAAACCAAGUUGGGUUGAAAAUGGACAAACCCUGCAAAUGGGUCGUUUUAACCCAGCGGUUGGGUUAAAUGUUUGCCCAACCUGCUGGGUAGUUUUAUUUAACUCAACUAUUGUUUAAAAAUUACCGAAUUGCUCGCUAAAAAUGAGCCUAAAACAUGUUGGAAAUGAACAUUUAUUAGUUUAAUGAAUAAUAAUUUAAUUGCUUAUUAAUAAAUGUUCAACUUUUGAUUAUUAUUGUUUCCUCUAGUCUGUCUGAUUUUUAAUUUCCAAGCUAUUUUGGG